AUGAGGUAUGCAUCUUGUAAUGAGUACUAUGAUAAAUAUGAUGCUGGAACUUAUAAAAAGUGUUACGAAGAACCCUUGCUUCAUCGAUAUCUUUUGGUUGCUUCCUCCGAUGAUGGCUCUAUAGAGACUAGCCCAUCCGUAUUUGUUCCUACUCAUAAGGAUAUUUUGAUGACCAUUCCUUAUGUUAGUGUAG